CACAUAUAAUCUGUCACUUGCGUCCUUCUUCAAUCCACACUCAGCCUCAUUCCGAUUCCUCUUACAGCCUCCGACUCGAUUUUGGCCCUGUGUCCAACUUCUAGCCUUUAGCUAUCUCCCCCAAGUCAGCUCCCUCGCAUAGACCGCUGAAACGCUGCUUGCCUGGCAUAGUGAUUCGUCAUGGCUUCCGCUUCUAGCCUCUCAGUUCCCACGGAUAAAAACUUCGAUGAUCGGUCUUCUUCCUUUUUCCAGCGCUAUGAUCAGCUACCAUCGCCGGAGGAAGUCCGCUCGCAAGCUCGUUCUCAAUACCUUGCGGGCACUCACUGGGGAGACCCAAGAAGAAGCGUCGACAAUCGCUACAAUGAUCGUCCCUCACCUGCUGUAUUCGGGCAUAUGGGUCUGUUCGUCAAAUGGGGAAGUAAAAUGAGAAUCGCUGAAGGUCAAUCUCUGUACGCGAUACGACAGCACCUGACCGAUGCCGUGCCCGUCCCCGAAAUCUACGGAUGGCGUACGGAUGGAGACCAAGUCUUCCUCUACAUGGAGGCAGUAUGUGGAAGAACUUUAGAACAAGCUUGGCCAGAGAUGGAAGAGGAUGACCGCUUGCGGAUUUGUCAUGAGCUCCGCACAAUUUUUGAUGCCAUACGCCGGCUCAAACAGGAACCCCCCGAGACCUUCAUUGGCAGCAUCGCUCGCGGUCCUCUCUAUGAUAGAGCAAUCCACGAUAAGUACAUGGCUGAAGCCGGGCCAUUCCCCUCCGUCAAGGCCUUCCACGAUUGGUUCACCGCUCUAUACAAGCGACCGAUGCCUGAUCCCGAAACCGUUCCCCCAGAGCCCUUUCGCAACGAUCUUCCUGAUGAUUGCGACAUUGUCUUCACGCAAGGGGAUCUUCAUCCGAGCAAUGUCCUUGUAUCAUUGCCCAGUCCACCUCGCGUCCUCGCCAUUGUUGAUUGGGAGCAAGCGGGCUGGUUGCCGGCCUACUGGGAAGAUCGUAAGGCUCACCUUACGUGCGACUAUUUCGGCGAAUGGUCUGAGAAGUACCUACCCCUUAUCUUAGAUCAAUAUAAGAGCACCUGGGAACCGUGGGAUUACUAUAGUACAUCUAUGCGGCCCUGCUGAAUGCUACGUGUACGACUGGUUCGACCUAGCUACUUCCCGGAAGCAAGCUUCAUUAGUUGGAGAAAGUUCCUCCCUAUUAUCCGCCUCUUCACAACUGCAAAUGGGUAGGGUGGAAGCUCCCAAUACCAGCUGUCUGCCCAUUGGGUCUUAACAAUAGUAGCGUA